AUGGCCGAAGACAAUUCAAGAAUUAAAAAUCAUGCUUUACCCGUGCUUCCACCGACUCCUCCUGGUUUAGAAGCAUUGUAUUCCCUCUGUAGAAGAAUUUAUCCGGAACAAGAAAAUCCACUUCAAGUAACUGCGGUUAUUAAAUACUGGUUGGGUGGUCCAGAUCCUUUAGAUUAUAUAAGUAUGUAUUUAAAUCCUGGAAAUCCGAGCAUAAAUGUACCACCGCAUUGGCAUUACAUCAGUUUUGGUUUAUCCGAUUUACAUGGUGAUGGAAGAGUACACGAAGUUUCUGAUUCUGAUUCUCCAAGCGGUUUCGGUUUUGAAUUGACAUUUAGACUUAAGAGAGAACCCGAAGAAACAGCACCACCGACUUGGCCAGCAGCAGUUAUGCAAGCACUUGCUAAAUAUGUUUUCAGCUCUGGAAACACAUUAUGUCCAAAUGAUCAUGUGUCUUGGCAUUGUGCUCUUGAUAAUUCUGAAUCUAGAAUUCAACACAUGCUUAUGUAUCAAGAUUUACAACUUGGAACUGUGCAAACCCCAUUCGGACCGGUUAAUUUCGUUCAAAUCGUUGGAAUAACUAAAGAAGAAUUACAAGCAGCUCAACAUUGGAACGGUGCUGGAGUUUUGGACAUUUUAAAAAGAUUGCCAGGAGCUGGGGGAGAAUGGUUGGUCACUGACAUGAGACGAGGGGAAAGUAUGCUUGAACUGGAUUUGAACGCUCAGGAAAUAAUUGAAAAAGGUAUCGAAACUGAGGGAUCAAAUUUAGGUGGUGUUAGUGCGAAAUGUUCAUGGAUUGAAAAAGACUUUGACAUUGAAUGCAGUUUACAUGAACAAAGUUCAAUUAUUGCUAAAUCAGAACUUGGGGGGCCUAGAAUAUCGGAACAAGAAAGUCAACAAAUAAAAAGUGAACUUAAAAAAGGUUUGCUAAGUUCAAAACCUGGAAUAAACAAUUCGUUAAUUAAAACGGAAGAUUUCGAAGACUUUGACAGGUAUGUCCUCUUUUUCCUUCCAAAUGUGAGCGUUAGAAAAAGCGAUAUCAUGUUUCAAGGUAACUUUGCAGAAUCCACCGAAUUAGUUCAUGUUGUACAUUUAGAAGGAAUACAUUUGACAUUUAAUUUAGAAUCUGGAAUUCUUCUUCCAUUAGCUCUAAGGGGAAGAGUCAAACACGGACGUCAUUUUACAUUUAAAUCCGUUCUCGGAGACACGGCCAUCACAUUUGUGGCAUCAUCCGUCACGGGUACUUUUGUCAAUUCCGAUCAUCCCUAUGCAGCACACGGACCUUGGCUUCAGGUAUUGAUACCGGAUGAUUUUGCUACGGAAAUGAUAACGGAUAUCGAGAUGUUAAAUCAAAAUACGGAUGAAAUAACGUUUCCGAAAACGUUCGCUUGGCCGGAUAGAAAAAUUGUUAUUACAAUCGUGCCUAAUUGA